GUCCUAAGCAGAUGUUGUUGACAAAUGUUACAAAUAGAAUAUUGAAGCACCGAACAGCCACCAACUCGCCGAGAUUUUGAUUAGUUUAAAGCAUAAAAUAUAUCUUAUCGUAAAACUCUAAGACAAAAAUGUUAAAGAAUUGUUUUAAGCUACACAAUUGCUACAAAUUGCAAUCUCCUAUAUAUGUGAAAUUUUAUUCUAAUAAUGUUGAGACCGUAGACCUAGCUUAUAAAAUACACGAUAGCCAUUACGUGGAUCCCUCAAAACCACCCUUAGUCACCUUUCAUUCUGUUUUGGGAUCAGGGUCUUUGUGGGAUGGAUUGGUUAAGGAUGUCCAAAAGGAAACAGGAAGAAGGGUCAUUAAUGUGGACGCUCGAUGUCAUGGAAAUAGCCCACGUACAGAGUCGGUAACUUAUAUAGAAAUGGCCAAUGAUUCGAUGAAGCUAUUAAGAAAAUUAAAAAUACUCAAAUCUUCAGUUAUUGGGCACAGCAUGGGUGGUUUUACUGUUAUGGGACUAUCACUGCUCUUUCCUGAGCUAGUUUCCAGUUUAAUAGUGGUUGACGUUUCUCCUGUUAAAAUUCGAGUACCGUUACCGCUUAUAUUUUCUGUUAUGAAUUGUAUGUCUUCUGUUCCUUUGAAGUCAAGUAUGACAAUGUCAGAAGCAAGAAAAGUAGCAGAUGAUAGCUUAAAAAUCCUCAUACCGAAUGAUAAUGUGAGAAACGAUUGCACUUCAACUUUAUACAGGACAAACACAGGAGAAUUUGCUUGGAAAUCACAUCUUCCGACGUUAAUAAAUAAAUUUGAAUCUGAAUUAGCACACUUUCCGCGGGAUUUGAAAGGACUCCAAUAUUUUGGUCCCACUUUGUUUAUCUGCGGAGCCUCGUCGCAAUUUGUUGAAAAGGACGACUUGCCGGGCAUCAAAGAAUACUUUCCACAAGCUGAGGUUAUCUUUAUAGAAGGUGCAAAUCAUUUGGUGCAGUUUGAGAAGCCAAAGGAAUUUCGAGAAACUUUGUGCAAAUUCUUGAAUGAGAAAUGAUUGUCUUUUUUAACUUAUCUCAUAUUCAAGUCACCGUCCUUAGCAAUUGUAAGCAAUGGUUUGCUGUCCCAUUGGAAAUCAAUCGUGUCGCUUGGAUAGUGAAGAAAAUUUCAAUAGUGUUGGAUACUUUAGAGUAAGACGAUUUCACGUGGUAAUAACGUAAUUCAUCCCUUUUUUAAAUAUAUAAUAUCAAUAAUAAA